AUGAACAGCUUAAAAGGUGAAUUUUACAAGGGAAAAUCAUCGGUGGGUGUAGAAGACAAUUGUUUGGAUUUUUUUCGCCGCGUAAAGUACCCCUCAGGAGUCUGCCCAAACUUUUACAACCCCUCAGUACUCAGCUGCGUCUUCUUCCUAUGGGCCGGACGAUUUAUGAAAAAAUUGUUGGGAUCUGAUGUUUCGUUUUUGGACUAUCCCCCGCAACCAGAUCCUAUCGCUGUGAGACAGCGCCAAUUUGAAGUCUUCAGCAUAAUCAACACAUACUUAGCCGAACAUCGUGUAAAGCUCUCAAAACGCCAAGAUAAGGGGAAGCCUCCAAGAAUUGUCCUGAAGUCGGUAUGUGCCGUCUUCUGGGAUAAAAUUCUGCUAUUACUCCUAUUAGCUGUUACGGUCAAUAUACUAAGAUCAAUUCAAUUGUUAUUCAUAAAAUGGUUCAUAAAGUCAUUUUCAAAUGAUUCAAAGUCAUCCUUAUGGUCAAUUGCCUAUAUUGCAGGGAUACUAGCGCUGCUGUGUUUUAAAACGAUCAUGGCGCAACAUAUGUAUUUCUUCAUAUGCCGGUGCCAGGCAGCGAUCUCCUCCGCAAUGUCCUAUACGAUCUUCCGCCUGGGCGUUUCCAGGCGCAAGGAAUACCAUAAUUGUAAUUGUGGGCAAAGGACAUACGAUAAGGUAUCAAGGAGGCAUCUAUGCAAGUGGGAUAGGCUCUACCUGCGUCGGUUCGAGGUACAGUUAGAAGGCCCAGAUGAUAACCUGUGCAAACUUGGGGCACAUAUAGCCAAACAGGAUCGCAUCAAUACCAAUACGCUCUGCCCUGCGCAGCAAGCCCAAGGCGAUGAACUCUCAAAGUCAAUGUAUAUGUUUUUUUAUGGAGAUACGCGCUCAAUUUGUAAAAUGCUUCAAGUGCUUGUGGCAUUGACUGAAUUCUCCACACAACUCGCAUUAAGUUAUUUUUCCAUCUACUUUGAGGUGGGAAGAGAUGGUACAUGGGCAAUCGCGGUCCCACUCGCUGUUUUGGGAAUAGCAAUCGCAAUAGAAUUCAUAUAUGCGUACCUGAUGAAGAAAUAUCUUAUAGCGCGGGAUAGCCGUGUUUAUGCGUCUUAUAAGCUUUGCGCAAAUGUCCAGUCCGUAUUAAUGCAGGGAUUGGGACAGGCAUCGAAGAAUUUCGUCGCAGCAAAAAGGCGAGAAGAGACAAAACCAUUAAACAGAAUGUUGUGGCUCAUUUACGUUGCUGCGUGGCUGUCUAGUGUGGUACAGUCGCUCUCGAUUGUUCCUAUCUUUAUAACGCUUUUAUAUGGCGAAGACUCCAAGUUUAGCCCAGAGGUUGCGGUUACAGUCAUCCAUGCAGUUAAACUCAUAAACUCACACAUGAGAGAACUUCCCAAUAUCUUAUGCGUCUUUAUUGAUGCGUUAAUAUGUAUGGACAGGUUGGACAGCUACCUAUCCGAGAGGAGUCCUGAAAAGGGGCCUCCCGCUGGUGGAUUUUGUGCCAGCCACUACGGUGAUCAUGAAUUCGAGCUGGCCUUCGAUAGGGCUACAUUAAGAUACACGCCGGGUAUCACGCCUGCUCUGAAAAACAUUAGCUUGAAGCUGGUUCGUGGCGAUGUCCUCAUCCUCUGCGGUAAGGCAGCCUCAGGGAAAACAUCGCUUAUAAAGGCUGCUCUCGGUGAGCUUGUGCUAUCGUCCGGUACGAUGGCUGUAUCAUCGUUGCGCUGUGGUAGGCGAAUUUACUACGUACCCCAAAAGCACUAUAUUCCAGCUGGUACGUUCAUGUCGGCAUUGGUGGGUAACUUCCCCUUUGAGCGCGCAACAUACAUCCGUGCGAUAAGUGUCGCUGAGCUUUGCCAGGACUUGGAGAGGUGGGAGGAGGGGCAUGAUCGGGCCAUUGACGAGAACGCCAAUUCAUUGAGUGGUGGUCAGCGCGCGCGUUUGUCUCUUGCCAGGAUGAUUUAUGCAUUUUUGAUCUCACGUCAUAAAGGCACAUCCAACCCAGCUGGCACAGGUGGAGCUGACUUGGUCUGCCUGGACGAUGUUUUUUCCAGCCUAGACUUGUCAGUGUCUGUGAAGAUAUUUCAGAAUAUAUUCGGACAGCAUGGUGUCUUUUCUGAUGGAGACGUGUGCGUGAUUAUGUCAAUGGACCGCGGCACGCUAAAGGCCUGUUGGCAGAUGCUCUGUGAUUUUAAUUCAGCAACCCUUAAUUGUAGGGUUUGUGAAUUGGAAGAUGGUGAAGUUGUUGGGUUCUCUUCUGUCGAAGAUUUUAUUGGGUUAGACAUGUCAUCUUCUCUCCAAGUUUCCUCACAGACGCCAAAAGGGCACGGCUCUAAGCCGAUAAGGAGCUGUUUGGACCCCAUAGACUAUGAUUUUAAUAUUAAAGGGGUUCUAACACGACGAGUGUUAUCCAUGUACAUGGUGUACUUUCGCCACUCGGGUGUUUUCUCAGUGACUGUAGCGUUUUUGAUGUCACUUAUUGCGUAUUGUAUCAAAUCUUACUUCGGUUUGGCGGUUGUGGGCUGGUCUGAUCAGGUUUUGGGGCGUUCUGUAUCCAAGGAGCAGUCCAUUGCUUUCGUUUCAAAGCUAAUGAUCUUUUUGGCGGUGGAGAUUGCUGCCUUGUUUAUAGGUAUUAUGUUAUGGUGGCGUUGUGCUAUGUCUGCGGCCAAAUGUUACCAUGAUCGGCGCAUUAUUUCACUCAUACCCCGCAAGGGGGUUGUUACAAAGCCAAUAGGCAAGUUGCUUACCGAGUUUACAUUUGACCAGUUUGUUAUUGACACACGGAUUCAUAUGGCGCUGCUGGCUUCAUUGUCACAGCUGGUGCACUUGGGUUUUCAGAUUGGCAGUAUUAUUUACAUAUUUCCAUUAUCAGUGUUGGCUUUUUUGAUCAUUGCUAUUCUUAGUUAUUACACUAUAGUGGGGAAUUACAUGCGGGUGAACCAGCGCAUUCAAUUCAAUAUGCUUGAAUCGAUGACCGGUGUGAACCUCACAAUCAGCCAAGGGAUUCAUGGCAUGGAGCUAGUCAGGGCCUUUGGGGAUGAGGGUCGGCUGUUUGAUUCUUUUUUGGAUAGAUCGGACUAUUUUUAUCGUACGCAUAUCAUUAGGUGGGGUAUAUGUAGUUGGACUCUCAUCAUGUACACUUUGUUGGCGAUUAUUGUGUUCGUUCUGUUUGCUGUUGUGCCCAUGUUUAUAUCGAUAUUUUCGUCUGGUCAGUUGGCUGGGCGUCCUGGUAACUUUGUCUAUCUUAUAUCUUUAUUUAUCACAAUCAACGAUGGUGUUUCCAGCUUCAUCUUAUCUAUGGGUUAUCUCUCCGAGUAUUUGUGUUCGCUUGUAUCUUCCCACACUGAGGCCAAGGUGGGCCCCGCCGGGGCGGGUGGCCCUGCUGAGGCUGGUGUCCCCGGCGAGGUGGGUGGGUGCUUGUUGGACAUCAGGGGCAUAGUGGUAUCGUACAGGAACCACGAUCCCAUGAGUGGAAAGGCGGCUCUCUUCAAAUGCAUUAGGGGUGUUACUGUCAGUGCAGAUCCGGGCGACAUUGUUGCGAUUGCGGGACGAACAGGCUCUGGGAAGACUUCUCUGCUAAAGUCAAUUAGGGGUAUGUUAGGGUUGGACGCUGGAACGAUCUUAAUCGAUGGAAUAUCCAUUGAGCACAUGUCUGAUGAGUUGUUGACGGAUACUAUUGGCGUGGUGUCGCAAUUCUCUUUUUAUUUUGACGGCUGGACUCUCGGCGAUUUUAUCGAUCCGUGCCAGCGCUACUCGGUUCAGAAAGUCCAUUGGGCGCUUGGAGAACUUGGUCUUUUGGACUUUGUGCUGGGCAAUGUGCCCGAUAAGGACGAGUCCGAGGAAUCUAGGCUUAGUCGCGCAUUGGGAAUGCCCUUCAGGAUCGGGUCAAGUAUUGUGUCUAAGGAGCACCAAAGGCUGAGGGAUGAUGAUGUACUUAUUUUUAACGAAUCACAUAUUCGUCACCUUUCUUUUGCCCGACUCAUUCUGGGCAGGCUUAAUUAUAAGGUAAUCUUGAUUGACGAACCCCCCAACCUGCAGAAUUCCCUGGGCUCUUCACCUUCGACGCUCCGAGCACUUAUUGCAAAAUACCUGGGGCAUUGUGCCACUAUCAUUGUGACUCACGACUUUAACUACGUCAAAAUAUGCAGCAAGCUCUGGAUUAUGAGUGAGGGGAAGGUUGUUGAGCAGCUUUCCCCCAAAAAUAUCGAAACCCAUGUACAGUUUUCUCAGAUCGUUGAAAAAUGA